AUGAUCACUAAGCCCAAGCUACGCUGUAGCAGUGGGAGCAGCGGGGGCUCCUCGGCAGCACCUAGGAGCGACGGAGGAGAAGGAGGAGCAGCAGCAACUGCUUCUGGGGUAAAACCAAUGGUAUUCGCUCUUUUAGGGGCCGCUGGAGCGGCCCUUCUUGCUGGGUUACCAGUGGUAUUCCCAGCAAAUGUGGGGGCCCCCGGGGCCUCCGGCUUAUCUGUAGCAACGGAGGGGGGAACGAGCAGCUCCCCCUAUUUAAGCGAAAUGCCUCUAAAGGAGACGAGAAGCAGCAUCUUUUCUGCUCCAGUGCAGUUCCAUUUGGCCUUAGCAGCCCCCAUCAUCGCCCUGCUGCUGCUGCUGCUGCUGCCACCCCCACGCCGAAUACCCAGAAGCAAACCAACUCCUCCCGCACCGCCUGAAAAAGCACCACUAAUACCUCCAGCACCCCCAUUACCACCACCGCCAAUAAGAGGAGUACCAGUAGCAGGAGUAGCGGGAGCUCAGCGGGCACCACCACAGCCAGCAGUAACACCAGCGUCAGUAGCAGCAGCAGCAGCAGCAGCAGCUGCGAGCAGGCAACAGUCUGAGACCCAUCAUCCCUCAGAAGACUAUUCUUCUACGGUGUCUCCUUUCGUAUCGCAGGCGGGGGCCCCCACGUCUCAAGCCGGCAUACAACCCCCAAGCUACCUAGACCAUCCUCCGCCUCCGCCGGAGCUGCAGCAGCAGCAGCAGGAGGAGGAUAAGGAGGAAUUUGAGCUUAAGGAGGAGUCUCAGGGCCACUUCCCUGUGCCUCCUCAACAAGCCGCAGAUGAACAAGAGGACAGUAAUAGUGAUUCAUCAACCCACUGGCCACCCCCUCCUGCAGAUUCCCCUCUACCCGCAGACAGCGCAGCUACAGGUGAAGGCAACAUUUUUACAUUCCCCCCCCCACCACCGGGUAUGCUUCAGGCCGCCGACGAUUCAGGGGCCUCCGGAGGGGCUCCCGAACCCUCAGGGGAGUCCGGAGGGGCCCCCGAUGCCUCGGGGGCCCCUGGUGUCCCCGAGGCAUCAGAGGAGUCUGGAGGGGCCCCCGAGGCCUCAGAGGAGUCUGGAUGGGCCCCCGAGGCCUCAGAGGAGUCUGGAUGGGCCCCCGAGGCCUCAGAGGAAUCUGGAUGGGCCGCCGAGGCCUCAGAGGAGUCUGGACGGGCCCCCGAUGCCGAUGAGGCGGGGGCCCCCGAUGCAGAGGAGGCCCCAGGGUUAUCCGGAGGGGCCUCCGAUACACCGGAGCCAACCGACACCAAGCAGGCCCCACAGGAGGAGGCUCCUGGGGUCCCCGAGCCCCCCCCCGCUCCUUUACCGCCUCCUCCAUCUGGCCCCACACGCGCAGAUGAGGAUUCUAUGGAGUCACUGAGGGGUCCCCCACCUGCAGAAGACAGCCCCUUGCACAGCGAGAAGGGGGGCACUCAACUAGGAGAAGGGACUUCAAUGCCCGCAUCGAGGGGCCCUAAGCCAGCAAUGAAGGGCCCUAAGCCGCAGCUGCCACCCCCAAGCACUGGGGGGCCCCAGAUGAAGCCCCCCUCUCCCCAGCUAUCCCAGCCUUCUGUUGGUAUGCAAGCAGCAGAGGAAGAGAGCGAAGAAGAAGACAUAUCCAAUGAAACCAGUGCGGCGCAUGCAAAAGACCUCUCCAGCGCCGAAGGACAAUCGGGGGCCCCUACAGCCACAGAGUCGGGGAGUCCGAGGGCCCCCCAUCUUUAG